AUGGAAAAAGUGGGGAAGUUCAUACAUUAUGUUCAACACAAGAUCACUGGCAACUACUCGCCAAUCAGCACUUUGGAUCCAAAUGAGUACGUGGCUGACAGAAUGAGAACCUCCCGUUCCAACGGUCGAAUCCACAAGCCAAUGGAAGUCCCAGCCGGCCACAAUGACACUAUAAAUCACAUGUCUGUUAUUCGAUCUGGAAUGGUACUCUCCUGCGGAAAAGACGGAAGAGUUGUUCUUACCAAUACGGAUAGUGGAGAAAUUCAUCAGACAUGGCAGACGUCGUCGGAAAUCAACAAGAUUGGCUUCAGAAACUUCACUGCCAAUCACUCGUUCAUUGCUGCUGGAAGGAAUGGAACUUUGACUCAUUGGAUGUUGGCCGGGAAGGUGGGCGAUCUUCCGAAUGGAGUUUAUGAGGGACAUACUUUUGGAGUGACUGGAGUGGUUACGGUAAAUGAGAGACAAUUCAUGAGUGGAUCCCGUGACUGUUCCGUUCGACUGUGGGACCUGGAAACCACGCAAUGCGUCCUCAACCAAACUAUCAACCGAAAUCUUGUCACCCACAUGACACUCAACGCUUGCAAUAAUCUUGUCGCGCAGACUUCAGAGGAUAAGAGUGUCAGAAUUUGGGAUCCCCGUUGCCUGGCAGUGGUCACAGAAUUCCCUCGUAAACGUCAUAUCCAAAUGUACUGCGAGUUCGAAGGAGAGCAUCGACUGUUCACGUGUUCCAAUGGGUUCAAUCAUGAUGGGUGUGAGAUUACGUCCUACGACAUCCGAAACCCACGUCAAUAUAAAGAAUCACGUGGACAUGAGGGUAACGUAACUUCGCUAGCUGUCGUCCAACUAGAAAAUACAAAACGAUUCUUGGUUUCUGUCUCCGCUGACAAGCAAAUUAGACUCUGGAAAAUGCAGGAAGAUGGGGAGAACGUGCUGAAACCAAUUUGGAAUGAAGACGUACCGUUGGAAGCGGACAAUCUGCAAGUGUGUACUUAUCCUGAUGGACACAUAAUUGUGUCCGGUGGAAAGGGUCGUCUUAUCCAUUAUCAAGCAAAAAUUGCUGCGCAACGUGUCAUUUUGGAGGUACAACUCGUCCAGAAACACAAAGGGAUUCUGACGAAAUCAGCCAGUGUCCCGGGCUCAAGAUAA